GUCACGGUGAGGCGGGCUUGCCGAGAGGGCGAGCUCCGGCCGGGAGUAGGCUGCAGGCCCCGCAGGUGAGGGGAGAGCCCCAGCCGGCGGCCAGGAAAUCAAGGAUUGCAUGCCGUUGCUUUGACAAGCACUUCCUGUUACCUUUACGGAGAUCUCAAUGAAGAAUAAUCUCGAAGGAGCAUUUGUCUUCCUGUACUUCUGCUAAUGGCCAUUAGCUGCUAGCAAAUGCUUUUAAUGACUGAAAAAACAUCAACUAUCCUUGUGCUCAGCCUGCUCUAGGCAGUCAAAUGAAGGUUUCUUUCAGUUGUUUCCAGAACUCUAUUGCUGAAGCACCGCUCUCUUUGUUGGGUGAAUGAAUGUUCAUGAAGCCCUUUCCUGAGCCAGCGGAGGAGCCUUAGGCUUUGUGAAGCCUGCGACAUGGAAGCUUUGGAAGUGGAUGAUAUCAGCCCAGCCUUGGAAGUUACUGAGGAUUUCUUUAGUACUUUUGACAGUAAGCUAGAAAAGGCUGUGCAGCAAGCCGAGGUUUAUGGGAUUCAGGAAGUCCCUGAAUUGGUGGGGCACGAGGUACUCACUAACAUAACAGACAAUGGUGCUAUCAGACAUGUUGCGUCCCUGGGCAAGGGGGGCCUGCUUUGGGACCACUGUAAGAGCAGGCUCUUAGAAACCAAAGCUCAGAAUGUCUUCCCUGCCAAAGAACAGUUUAUGGUUCAGAAGGGGACAGCCCCAGAUAAUCUUUCCUGGAUGGAACAAAAGGAAGCAUCGACCUUUAACUUUUUCAACGUGUGUCAGCGUCGGCGGGACAGGCCUCGUUCCGUCAAUGACUUAUUGGAUGAGACCUCUACUUUUAAGCCGGGUCAUACUCGGUCAAGGUCAGAUGUCACCCAGGUGGACUGGAGGCUAGUCCUCCAAACCAUGCCUCUGCAGCAGCAGCCAUCGUGUCUCCGGGGCCCUCAUUUCAGCAGGCCCGCUUUUCUGUCGUCCUCACCAAACAAGGUCGAAGAUGCUCAAGGGAAUACUGAACACAAGCAGGCAUUCCCAAACAUUCUGAAGAAGGGGUACCUGGAGAUUAGGAAGGACCAUGACAGUUACUGGCACAGCUGUUACGCAGAGCUCUCCCCCUACAACUUGUACUUCUACAGCCUUGACAGCAGUGGCAAUCAAGCCCUCUGUGCCACCUACCAGCUUUCACACUUCCAGAGCAUAUCUGUUUUGGGCAGCCUCGAGGCCAGGCUGGUGGAUACCGUUCUGUAUGACAACACCCAGCUGCAGUUAAAGGCAGAAUCACCGUGGGAGGCUUUGGACUGGGGGCAGAAGCUUUGGGAAGUCGUGCACGCCACCGUGCCUGGUUACGUAGGGCGGCAGGAUGAGCCGGCCAACUCACCGGGACUUGGUCAUCACGUUGACUGUACACAGAAUCACUGUUUACAGAAGAAAUCCAGUGAGCUGCUCGCACCAUCCCCUGUCUUGGAUAGCCCCAGACAAUACGAAAACAUCGUCAAGUCAGGGACGCUGUACAGGCUCACUGUCCAGAACAACUGGAAGGCAUUUACUUUCGUGCUGAGCAGAGCCUACCUUAUGGCUUUCCAGCCCGGCAAGCUAGAUGAGGACCCCCUGCUAAGCUACCACGUGGACGUGUGUCUGGCUGUCCAGGUGGACAACCUGGACGACUGUGACUCUUGCUUUCAAGUCAUCUUCCCUCAAGAUGUGCUCCGCCUCCGCGCAGAGACCCGGCAGAGGGCCGAGGAGUGGAUGGAGGCUCUGAAAACAGCAGCCAAUGUGGCGAGGAGUUCAGAGCAAAACCUGCAAGUCACCCUGAGAAGCAAACCCAAGGAUCAGAUGGGUGGGCACGAACUCAGGAAGAACAAACGUCAGUCUGUGACCACCAGCUUCCUCAGCAUUCUCACAACUUUGUCUUUGGAGCGAGGACUCACUGCUCAGAGUUUCAAAUGUGCAGGAUGCCAGCGAUCCAUAGGUCUCUCCAAUGGGAAGGCCAAGGUGUGCAAUUACAGUGGGUGGUAUUACUGCAGCGGCUGCCAUGUGGACGACAGUUUUCUCAUCCCGGCACGCAUAGUCCACAACUGGGAUACUUCAAAAUACAAGGUAUCGAAGCAGGCCAAAGAGUUUCUGGAGUACGUGUACGAAGAGCCCCUGAUCGACAUCCAGCAGGAGAACCCCAUGCUGUACCGGCACGCCGAGCCACUGGCCACCGUGGUGCGGCUGCGGCAGCGGCUGAAAUCUCUGCGAGCCUACCUGUUCAGCUGCCGGGCCGCCGUGGCCGAGGACCUGCGCCGCAGAAUUUUCCCCAGAGAAUACCUCCUUCAACAGAUCCACUUGUAUUCCCUCGCUGAUCUGCAGCAGGUGAUAGAGGGGAAGCUGGCUCCAUUCUUGGGCAAGGUCAUUAAAUUUGCCACCUCACACGUGUACAGCUGCAGUCUUUGUAGCCAGAAGGGGUUCAUCUGUGAAAUCUGUAACAAUGGAGAGAUCCUCUACCCUUUUGAAGAUAUUUCAACAAGCAGGUGUGAAAGCUGUGGGGCCGUUUUCCAUUCCGAAUGCAAAGAGAAGUCUGUCCCCUGCCCGAGGUGUGUCCGCCGGGAGCUGCAGAAGAAGCAGAAAUCUUUCUGGCGGAGGCUGAACAUGGACGAGAGCCUGGAGGAGGCUUGCAAUAUGUUCGAGCUGUCCUACCAGAACACCUGACUCAGCGGGGGCCCGAGGCCAGGGACUGACCUCUCGCCGAGCC